AUGGAUUCUGAUGAUUAUGAUGAUAUUGAUUAUGAUGAUAUUGAUUAUGAAGAUCCUGCUGAAGACUUUGAAGACGAUUGGGAUAAUAAUGAUAUGAUGGAUGGGGCGAAUGUUGAUUUACUUGAUGAAAUUGAGAAUGUUGCCCCAUUAUUAAAAAAGAAGCAAAAGUCGAAAAAGAAAGUAGUUGAGCCAGUAAAAACUGACGAAAAAGAAGAAAAAAAAUCUAAAAAGAAAAAGAAACAAUCAAAAUUUGCAAAAGUAGCAAAGAUUCUCAAGGCAAAAGGAUUGCUUCAAAAAAACAAAAAUAAUUUUAUGGAUUAUGUGACAUUUGAAUUAAAUAUUCCUGUUGGCAUGACUGGGAUAGUUACAAAAGAAUUGAGUUGUGGAUUCUUUGAUUGGACAUUUUCUUUCUUUUUCAAUGACGAAAACAAUUCUUCAAAUUUCUUUAAAAUUGAUGAGAAUCACCCAAAUCCUAAGAAAGCAGCAAAGCAAGCUAAAAAUUACAAGCGUCGGGAAAGAAAGCUUAAAAAGUUGCUUAUGGUUAGUGGUCGAGUAAAAAAAUUAAAGAAGUUAAAAAGAAGCCGUAAAGGAGGAGAAUAUGUUUCUGGGAGCUUUCGUCGUUUUAUGCAAUGGAAAAAGAAAAAAGCCUGGCUUCUAUUCGCAAAAUGCCAACCAAAUCCUAUUUGCUCAGUUGAUUUACAUGGAAAUGCUUUUUAUAAUUGGGGUUUAGUUUCAUCGUUCAAAACUGUUUGGAAAGGCUCAAAACGGGAUACAGAACAAGUUUAUGGAAAAAAAGUUAAAAUAUUUUUAUAUUUAAUAAUUUUAAAACUUCAUAUUAAGAGGCCUUCUGUUUUUUCUUCGCUAUUACCUGCGGCACCGAUUCGUUGUUAUAGCUGUAGACGUUUUAAGAAAAGUCAAACAUUAAUUGUCCAUAUGUGGGUAAAUAGAAUAAAAACAAUUGGUCUUGUUCCACCAUUACAAUUUGAUCAAGAACUUCCAAAUAAAUUGUCAGCAUGUCUUCGAUGUGGGAAAGAAUACUUCCACGUUAGCAAGAUAAAGUUGGCAAUGUUCUCUUUAGUGUUUCGACAAAAAAUUUUUGAUGAAAAAUUAGGAGAUGAUCUCAAGAAUCCGAUAAAGAUUGAAGAAAGAUUCAAACCUUCAAUUGUUCAUUUGGCCUUGAAAACUAUUUUUGAUAUUAAUGCUCGAAUUCAUUGUUUGAGAGUCGAUAAAUUAUUAGAUUUUGCAAAAGAAUACAAAAUUCCCUCUAUUUUAGGAAGUAUUGAGGAUUCUUUAAUAAACAGUAGAAAAUGUAAACAUUUUAAUUUCCAACAAAAAAUUGAAUUGGCUUACAAAUAUGGAUUGGAUGACUUAAAAAAUAAUUUUUGUCAACUUAACAAUUCAAUUGAAUUAAUAGAAAAGAAUUUAAAUAUUGAGAAAUUACAUUCGGAGUUUAAAGAUCAAUUAAAAAGAAAAUUAGCUUGUAUGAAAGCUGCCGAAAAAGCUGGAUUAGCAAGAAUUAAUGAGAGGAAACAAGAAAGAUCCAGAAAGAGAAAGGCAAGUAAAGCAACCAGGAAAUCAAAGAAAACUGCGAAUGAAGAAGAAAGUUCAAAAGAUAAUGGAAAAACUUAAAUGUUGAAAU